AGUCGAUCAUUAACGCGACUCGAAGUCUUGAUGAUCAGUGAAAUGGCAGGAUCCGGAGCGAGAGACACGCCUCUCGAACACUGCCUCGGACGCCACGAUCGCGCACCCUGCGUCACAGCCUCACCGUGCCGCGGCAUCGGAUACCCCUGGCGGGCAUCGCAUCACACCGUCGGGCUGCAAUGCAAUCGAGUCAACCGUCAACAAUCUGCAAAUAGGGUGUGCAGCUGCCCUCAGCAUCCUUUAUCAGGUGUCCCGACCGGCCUGCCAAGCACUUUUCCCACUUACCUGACAGAAUACACACCGGCGGCAUGACUACAUUGUCGGACACUGGCGCCUCCGCGCCCGAGAACUGGACUCUCCCCACGGCGUUCACUGACCUCCUCGGCAAGCCCAUCGCCGAGGCAGUCGACAUCCUCGUCCCCCCUCCCCCGCCACUCCCCAAGAAGAAGCGCGAGGCGGCAGCCAAGGCCGCCAAGGAGAUGCAGAAGACAUCGGCCUUCCUUACUGCACUCGCUUCGGCGCCAGACACCAAGACGUGGAACGGCGCCAAGGCAUUCUCCUCCACUGGCGAAACAUUGCUCGACCUCUUCAACGACCUGUCGCCUGGCAUUACCGCCGACAAGCUGUUCGACCUCCUUGACAAGGCCUGGGACGCGCACCCCGAGACCACAUUGCGUAUCAUCCUCCACGCGCGUUCUAUCCACGAGGGCAAGGGCUUCAAGAACGGCUUCUUCCGCUCCAUCGCGUGGCUGUACGAGAAGCACCCCCGUACACUGUUCGCCAACCUCCACCUCAUCGUCGACCCCACCUGCGAGCGCGAGCGUAGCGUGAAGCGCGAUGCCGCCAAGGCCGAGCGCAAGCGUGCUGCCAACAACGGCGUCGAGGUCCUCGACGACGAGGGCCAUGUUGAGAAGGACGAGGAGCCCGAGUACCCUCCCCGCCCCCACGGCAGCUUUGACGACCUCAACGACAUCCUCAUGGUGGCGGUCAACGGCCAGCUCUCAACUGCUCACAAGGCUCCAUUGACCGCAAUGGACGGCGCGCUCAUGUCUUCAGCGGCUGGCGCGGCGUUCAAGCGCGCGCGUACCACUGCACAGGACGAGACCAUGGCCGACGACUACGCCAAGUCGCUUCGCAAGGAGGCAUUCAACGAGGCGGGAGGUUUGGCCUUGACUGCUGCCUCCAAGGCCAGGGCUUCGCGCCCAGUCGCAACCCCUGUUGUGGCCCACCUCAGGUCGACCAAGACUGUCAAGGCCAAGGCUCUUGCCGCUUCGCAGGCCCCGCCCAAGGACACUACGGAGCCUUUUCUCACCAAGCUGGCGCGCGCAGGGACCAAGGAGGCACGCAUCGCGCUCAUCAAGGGGCGGGUGGUGACCGCGCUCGCCGACAAGAAGCUGCAGGCUCUGUACCUCGCAGUGAUCGACCUCUACGCAGCCAACCUGGCGCAGGACAUUGCCCGACUCAAGGCUCACAACGAGUACCUGUUGCGUCCCGCCGACCAGCGCAAGAAGGAGGGCUACGGCAAGGCGGGCACAUCACCCCACCUCUUUGGCAUGUCGUACGCGGCCAAGUGGGCGCCAUCGCCCGGCAAGUCGGCCGACAAGCAGCUGCAUGUCGCGACAGCGCUGGCACUCCGCCUCUUCCCCGGGUCCGACACCAAGACUGCUCGUCGCAAGCUGCAGGGCGAGGUGCUCGCGCCUCUCCGCCGCGUGCUUGACAUCCCGGAGAUCAAGAUGGUGCGCGGCCCCUGGACGAUCGAGUAUGCCAAGGUGCCAUCACGCGCCAUGGCAGCGUACAAGGACUCGUUCUACGCGCACGACCCCGAGGGCUUGGAGGAGUGCCUUAUCAAGGUGGCUUCUGGCAAGAGCACGAUGGCUGGCGCGUCCAUGGCGCCUCAUGACCUGCUCAGCGAGGCCCUGUACGGUAGUGAGCUCGGCGGUCGUAUCGCCGACUUGCAGUGGGCGACGCUUAUCGACUCGAUCCGCUCUACGUCCAAGAACGAGCUGGCGAACUGCAUUGCCGUUGCCGACGUCUCGGGCUCGAUGGGAACUAUGGACCAGAAGCUCGCCCGUGGCCGCACCCCAUCACCUAUCUGGCCAUGCGUAGCUCUCACCCUGCUUAUGAGCGAGCUUGCGCGCGCUCCCUGGAACGGAUCCUUCCUUACCUUCAGCGAGUUUCCCCGGCUCGAGCAUGUCGACUCGACCCUCACCCUCCGCGAGCGUGCGUCCCGCCUCGGUCGCGCAGGCUGGGGCUACAGCACCGACUACAACGGCGUGUUCAAGCGCAUCCUCCAGGCUGCGCAGCGCGCCAAGCUUGCCCCCGAGGAGAUGGUCAAGAAGGUCUUCGUCUUCUCCGACAUGCAGUUCAACUCGAGCUCCAACACGGCCUUCGGCCGCACCGAGCACGAGGGCGUGGAGCGCAUGUUCGCCGAGGCGGGGUACACGAUGCCCGAGAUGGUGUACUGGAACUUGCAGGCCGGCGCUGCCAAGCCUGUGCGCGCCGACACGCCUGGUGUGGCCCUGGUGAGCGGCUUCUCUGGAGCGCUCAUGAAGUACUUCAUCAAGGCGCUCGGCGAGCCGCCAGAAGAGCGCAAGGCGGCUGCGGCGGCCGCGGGCGGUGACGACUUUGACGACUGGGACGACCUGAAGGACGAGCUGGACGAGAUUGGGGUCAAGACCGAGGCGACCCCAGCCAAGGGAGACAAGAAGGACAAGGAGAAGCAGAAGACGCCGCUUGAGCACAUGAUGGCCAUUUUGAACGCCAAGCCAUUUGGCGGGUUGGUGUUCGUCGACUAGAUGGGUCUUAGACGAACGAGCCGGCGUGCUCCUUGUAUGAGUAUACGUGUAUGUAUACAAGUGUAUCGUG